AUGGGUAAUAAUGAAGAUGAGCCAGGUGGAGAUGAUAAUGACUGCCCACUGGCACCACUUAUCAUGAAUGACAAGGAAGAAGAGACCAAUGAGGAGGAGAAUUUAGGCAGCAAUGGUGGUUCCACAGAUGAUUUGGAUGAUAAAAUUGACAAGCAGAAAUCAUUAGAUGGUGUGCAGAGAGAGGUAAUGCUCAAUGAUGUAUUUAUUAUUAGGCAUGCUAUCACCAAGGUUUGGGAAGAAAAAGUCGACAAGACGUUGCAACGACCAACAACCAGAUCCCAGAGAGCAAGAGGAAGCUCAGACAACCCACAAACAGCAACCCCACCGACGUCAUCCCGACAAGAAAGGAUAGCAGCUCCACCUCCCUUUCCCCAACCAGGCGUAACCCGACUGCACACCAGAGAACAAGCAGACAUUUUCUACAAAGCCAGAACACGUUGGCUACAGUACUACACAGAAAGCCACCCACAGCUACUACCCACAACACAACACAAUCCCCCAGUAACCGUAGAAAACCUCUACAACGAGAAUGACUUUGAAGAAUUUGCAGCAAGCGGCGACCCGAUACCACCUCCCACGUCACAGAUACUCCCAGCCGCACCUGCUCCAUCCCCUAUCCCACAACCACGCACCAUGUCUAACGCUACAGCCUCCAAACCCACGAUGAUCGGGAAAAUUGAUGACUUCAAUGGAACCCCAGAUAAAGCCCAAAGGUGGAUAUUGUCCACCGAUCUACACUUUGAUAUCAAUGACACCAUCUACAACUCUGACAAGAAAAAGGUAUAUGUGGCCCUCAGCUACAUGAAGGAUGGCAAUGCCACCUCAUGGAGCGAAGCCAAGAUGACCGAAUACAAAGAGAAGAACACCUACCCCACAUGGGCAGACUUCAUGAAAACCUUCACAGCCAGUUUCAGAACGGCAAACAUCAAAGGAACGGCCUCGGCCGCCUUGAUGAAAAUGAAGAUAGAACAAGGAGAAAAUGCAGUAGCAUUUAACUCAAGGUUCAUGCUAGAUGCUGGGAAGAGCGGCAUCAACAACGAAGCCAUGAUCAUGGUUUAUCAAAAGGCUAUCCGGUCACCCCUCCUUCAUGGGGCACUCACCGGAAAGGAACUACUCACCAUUGAAGACUGGAUGAGCACAGUGGUGAAUCUAGACGCCAACUGGAUCAGUGCCAACGCUAUCUCGGAAGGAGCGUGGGGCGCCAGAAACAAAGAAAGACAGAACAACAGAAACCGCAAAAGUGGACCAUCCACCAGCACCAGAAGAUUAACUAAAGAUGAAGAAGAAUCAAGGAGGAAAGAGGGAAGAUGCUUCAUAUGUAACGAGAAAGGACACAUAGGAAGGAAUUGUAGGAACAAAGGAAAAACUCCCAAAAGAAAGGUACGUCAAACCGAAACGGAAGAUGACACCAAAACAGUGGUGGAAGAAGACAGGGUCCAAAACAUCAUGAGGAUGUGGAGGGAGUUAGGAGAAGAUCAAAGAACAGAGGCGAUGAAAGAAUUAGAAGACAAGGGUUUUUGA